AUGUACGCCGACCGCGAAGAGGCUCGUAACGGCCGACCCGGCUCCGGCGGCGCGGGCUACCGUUCUUCUCACACACCUGAGCUGGAGAUCGAGAAGAUUCCGAGGAAGGAGAAUGGCAGCGAGGGCAGGAGCUUCAGCGAGAGGGAGAAGGAGCUGCAAGAGCAGCUGAGGAGGCGAGCUCUGGCAUCGCGCGGCCACGCCGAUGGAUCUGGCAACGAGGCCAGGACCUCGCGCAGCAGGUCACCCGGCUCCAGCCGCCGGUCCGCAUCUAGGAGCCGAAGCCGCGAAAGCUACCGCAGCAGGCGAAGCCAUACUUCCCGCGCCCACUCUUCGCGCGCCGAUGAUGAUGCAGAGGAUCGCCGCAGGCGCAGGCGCGAGGACAGGGAUGGCUACGACAGCCGCUCGCGUCGCAGAGAGCGAGACCCGGAGGACGACUACGACGAGGAAGAGGCCGCCCGCGAGAGGCGGCGCAGGCGCAGCGACAGGGAGGAUCCCGCUCGGGACCGAGACGUCGACCGCGACUACCGCUCCAGCAGCCGCCGCGGCGAUCGCGGCUAUGAAGGCUCCAGCAGGUACGAUCGCGACCGCAACAGCUCCUACUAUGGCGACCGCGACCGCGGACGGUACUACGACCGGGGCGAUCGCGACAGGGACGACUAUGGCUACGGAAGCCGCCGUGGUCCCAUCGAUGACGACAGGCGACCGCGUUCGAGGAGGCCGAGCCGCUACGCCAGCCCCGCGCGUUCGGCGCGAUCGGGCCGCUCUCACCGCUCGCCCAGCCCUGGCCGCCGGGAGGCCGAAGAGUACGAGGAGCGCUCCGUCUUCUGCUCGCAGCUGGCGGCGCGCCUCACCCAGCGUGACCUCGGCGAAUUUUUCGAGGAAAACCUUGGCGAAGGCGCCGUCAAAGACGUCCGGAUCGUCAUGGACCGUGUCACCCGAAGGAGCCGCGGCGUUGGCUACGUCGAGUUUGCCGACAAGGAGCUUGUCCCCAAGGCGAUCGCGCUGUCUGGCAACAGCCUCUACGGCCUUCCAAUCCUCGUGCAGAAGACCGACGCUGCGCGCAACCGCGGCGAGCCGAGCGAGUCUGGGCUUCCGCACCGUCCCAACAUGCCGCAGCCCAAUCCGCUUCCCCAGAUUGACCCCGCUAUGCUCGCCAACCUGCCGCUGCCCCCGCAGCUGCAGCAGGCGGCCGGCACGGGAAGCCCGAUCCACCUCAACUUUGGCAGCUUUGGUGGCGGCAGCGGCGACAGGCGUCCCCGAUCGCAGAAGCCUGGCCCGGGCCACCCCAAUGCCGCCGCUCGGCUCUACGUCGGCAGCCUGCACUUCAGCCUGACCGACGAGAACAUCAAGGCCGUCUUUGAGCCGUUCGGCGAAGUCGAGUACGUUGACCUGCACCGCGAGGCCGACACCGGCAAGAGCAAGGGCUUCGCCUUUGUGCAGUUCAAGGAGCCCGAGGACGCCAAGAAGGCGCUGGAGUCGAUGAAUGGCUUCGAUCUCGCUGGCCGCGCCAUCCGCGUCGGUCCGGUCAACGCCAGGGGCUCGGGAGGCGGUCAGCAGCAGGGCUCUGGUGCCGGCGCUGCGACCGGAGCCAACACGGGCCCGCUCGGAGGAGACGCCCAGGGUGGCCACCUGCCGACGCAGACAUCGGCCUACGACAACGGCGGUGGAGCGGGCCUCAACCCGGACAAGCGCGCCGCUCUCAUGCAGAAGCUCUCUCGCACCGACUCUCCGGCCGAGCCCUCGGCUGAAUCCGCCCAGCAGGAAAGGCCUGCUUCGAUCCCGCAGGCCACGAGCACCUCGCUGCUGCUCAAGAACAUGUUCAAUCCAGAGGAGGAGACGGAGCGAGACUGGGACCUCGAGCUGGCCGAGGACGUCAAGGAGGAAUGCCAGAGCAAGUACGGCCCGGUCACGGCCAUCCACGUCGAGAAGGAGUCUGCCGGCGAGAUCUACAUCACCUUUGCCGACACCGACAGCUCCACAAAGGCCAUGGUCGGGCUGAAUGGUCGGUGGUUCGGCGGCAAGCCCAUCAGCGCACAAUACAUCCCCGAUGCCUUUGUCAAGGCGAGGCUGGGCUAG